AUGCCACGGCGCGGGGAGGGCCUCGCGACGAUGAUGCUCCUUUUGGGGCCUCCUCCCGGCGGUAUUCCGGGUCAGAAUACCGGGCAAUCCGGUCAACGUCCGGCACUCCGGAUCCCAACCACCGUUAUACGGCGCCCAUCCACCGUAGUGCCCGAAGAUACGAUGUCGCAGAGUCCGUCAUCUAGUGGCGAGUGCGCAAGCCCCUCUCUACACCCACGAGGUCCAGGCAUCACCGGUUCAACCGUCUGCCUCCAGGUCUCAUCCCCAAAACAGCAACAUUCGGUGCGGUACAAUCUGCCGAGCAGAAGUCGGCACAGCUCGAGGCGCAGCAGCUGGGGCAGUUGUGAACGGGAGAAAAAGGCGAUGGAUUUCGAUCCGAACGGCGCGAAAUGGCAAUGCUGCUGCUGCAAUCUGCCGACCGGCCUCAAGAUUAUGGCCGUGGGCGAGGUGCUUCUCUCCUCGGCAGUAGCAGCUACCUCCAUCGCAUGCAUAUUUACCAGUGAAACGGGUCUCACCUGGUUUCUGGGGAGUCUCGUGUUCGUCUGCCUAUUUAUGGCCGUUGGUUCGGUGUUGCUUUUUGCAGCCAUCGCAUCUCCGAGCAAUGAAAUGGAAGUUGUUGAAACGGCCACAUUGAGUAUGGAUGAACGGGGAAAUUGGCAACAGCAUCAUCGCAACAAUUUUGACGCUGUCAGCGAGAGCCUGGCCCUUCGACUUGUUGGCCUUGUUUUCGGCAUGUUGUUCUUCGCGGUGCUGGUGUUCUACACCAUCUAUCUCGUGCUCCGCUGCGUGCACUACGUGCGUUCCUUUGCACGGCUACGCGAACGGCGCGAGUCGCUGAUCCAGGCUGGCAUGAUAGAGUACGGAUCGAAGGGU